GGGAGAGUGAAGAAACAAUAGCGCCCUUUGAAACAGCCAUGACUCAUGCCCGAAGGUCUAUCUUUUAUUAGAGAAAGUUCAGAGUCCUGUUAAAGGACACCUGAGACAGACACAGGAAACUCAUCUUUAACCACCACAGCACCGAAUACCCAUAUGCAAGAGUGGAGAUGUUGAAGGAAAGGAGCGGGAUGGGUGACGUGUGAUUGUGGAUGUAAGACCACGCCGACUGAUUCAACCUUUAUAUGGACCCGCAGGGAGACUGGGAUGACACCACAGACUACUAAAGAGAUACCAGGCAGGUAAAGAGGAGGCAGAGACGACAAAGAUCAAAAGGGAUCGUAAGCUUCAUCUUUGACUGGGACACAAGAUAUCCGAUGGCGGAGCUGUUCCCACCAGGGGAUGCAAUUCCCUCAAAACCUGCUGAGUCCAUCGUCUCUAAUCUGACGUCAGUAUCCCUCCAUCAACCUGAAAAACUACAAAACAACUCCACUGAAGUACCAUCUUCACUUAAAGACCUUAAUGGCAGCGGCACGACUACUGCACAAAGUUCCCCUACCAUCUCUGAUCAACAAUAUACAAGUCAUCAUUGUGUUACGGAGACCCACCUGUCUGACGUUGUGGAUUUACAGCCAAGAGAUGUAAAGAGCCAUCAGUACAAACAGGCAUCAUUGACGGUGCACAGGGACCAUGACUUAAAAGAACACAAUCUGUUAUCAAUACAGAGAAGCCACUCAGACAGCUUGCAGAUUUUCAAAGAAGGCGCAGCUGUUCCUUACCACUGUGAAACUGGAGCACCUUGUUGUCUAAUAAAGGAGCAGGAGGCUUGUGCACAAUCAUUCCCUUCUUUAGUGUGUAAACAGGCCAUGCCGCUUCAGCAAAGCAAUACGGUCACAACGUCCACCAGAACAGGAAGUAAUGGAUCGGGAAGUCCCACUCAGCCAGCCCAACAUGCCUACAUUCAGGUCAGUCCAUCUGCCCAAAUACAAUCAUCUAGUGAGGCCAUUCCAGAGUCUACCUGCCCGAAAUUUCAAGAGGCUGUGUGCUGUAAUUUACACUUUCACCAUGGAACAGUAGAGGACACGUUUGCGGCAUACUGCCACCCGCAGCCCAUUCCUGCCCCAGCACAGCUGUUGCCACACUUGGUAGGAAUGGAGGAGAACAACAGGGGCCAGGUGGCGACAGGCAACUUGCUCGCUCUCCCCCGGCUCAUCACCUCUGUCAGCGAGACAGGAUUGGACACUAAACGACUGUUCAACUGCUGCAAUCUGGACUGCACUUGGCCCAGUGAAUCGCAUACAACUGGGAUUCACCUGCAGAGGUGGAAAGACGAAGGCACCACAAAGGAAGCAGGGACCAUGACAUCACAAAAAGAAGUUAGAGAUAUAGGAGUGCAAGUGGGUCAGGACUCUGAGGAAUAUCCUCAGCAUGUGUUCCCAGAAGUGUGUCUGCUGGAGGAGAUGAAUGGGAGUGGCAAACCUGUGCCAAAGAAUCAGAAGUCUCCUGUAAGAGAAGUAAAAUGGGAUGCAGAAGGAAUGACCUGGGAAGUGUAUGGAGCCUCGGCUGACCCUGAGGAACUUGGACUUGCAAUUCAGCGGCAUCUUGAGAUACAGAUUAAAGAGACUAAGGGAAUAGCAGCAAAGCUGUCGCGCCAGAACACAGCAACAUCUCAGCACAGCUCAGGAUCAACGCAUAGGAGAAAAAGGGGGUUACUGGAAUCUCUGCGCCGUCCCGGCUGCUGUUCUCGUAGCACAACUGCAGUGGACUGAAUAAACGACAUCUGUUAAAAGUGAAAGGAAUGGGUAGCAACAGUACUCUGUAUUUAUUCUUGGACUAGAUCAAACUUAGUAGUAUUAGUUUUGAUAAGGUUGACUUAUUUAGAGAAAGAUUGUGGGUUUUAUUUACACUAUUAUAGGUAUCCUUGUAUUUUGUUAUCCUUCACUCGGCCAAGAUUUUUAUGAUAUAUAUAAGAUCCUGUUGUAACAGUCUAUGUGAAAAUGUGUUCAUUAAAUCAAAGUAAGUUUAUUGUUAGGUGACAACACUGUGUUUAGUUAACAAAAUACAUCAACUAUGCUGUAUUUGUUUGUCAGAGCAUUACAGUUACACUGGUUUUACAAUUCUGUGCAAUAUAUGGGACCACUAUAAAUGAUCAAAUUAUUUUUACAAUUAAGAAUAAGGACCCCUAUGGGUGUCUGGUAAAUAAAAUAAAGUGGACAUAUACUGUAUUUGGGGCAUACAUUUUAACUCAUGGAAAUAAUAUACAGUUUGUUCAAUUUAAAUUAUUGGUCAAAAAGCAAACUAAAUGUCAGAAGCAGCAUUGUUCUUGUCUAUGUAUUCCUCUGUUUCAAUAAAAGCAAUGGAUUCUUUA